UUGUCAAGCUAUCAGUCUCUGUUUCCUGGGUGUCCCCUAGUGAGCGCACUUCUCCUUAGGCACUUCACCACAGGCACUUUAAUUCCGCUUGUCUGGUCAUGUCGUCACAGUAAUUGCACUCCAAUUAAAUCGCACAGGUGUUGACUAUCCUUAGUCAUUAGUCUCCCUAUAUAGAGCUGUCUUUCUCUGUCGUCUUUAUGGAGUCCUUACCCUAUGUGUCUCAUGCUCUCGUUCCCCCAGACUUCCUCUACUUUCUCGUUCUUCCGAGUUCCCCGUUUCAUCCGGUUCCCUUUUUGUUUGGUUUGUCUCUCAAGACAGUUUUAUUUUGUAUUUAACCUGUUUGUGCAAUAAACCUUACCUGCUAUUGGAUCUUACCCUUUCCUUGUGUUUUUCCCUUAACCCAACCGUGACAGAAGGACUCCAUCAUGCCUAGAUCCAGCGGUGUGAGAUUUCGAAUCUGUUCCCCAGCCACCAUGGAGGAACGGAGGAGGAGAUUCCGGAACUUAACCACCCUUCAUCAAAAGGGAAGCGAGGUGGGUGGCCUGGCGCAAUUGUUUUGGACUUUGGCAGUCGGGUUAGGUUACAAUGAUGCAGCACUUAAAGAUUUGUUUAAUAAUUGCCUGGAUGAUCCUUUACCUCAAUGGGAGAUGAAGGGGUUAGAGAUCCUGGACUUUUGGGGGUUUACCAAAUACCUGCACCAUCGGGCUCAGUGGGAUGCAACAACCACACCAGAAGUUCCAGACAAGACUGCCACCUGCCCAGCGCCACAGCACAAGAUGGCCGCCAGCCCAGCGCCACAGCACAAGAUGGCCGCCAGCCCAGCGCCACAGCACAAGAUGGCCGCCAGCCCAGCGCCACAGCACAAGAUGGCCGCCAGCCUAACACCACAGCACAGGAUUGUCGCCAGCCCAGAGCCACAGCUUAAGAUGGACGACUCAACGCCUGAGUCUCCAGACAAGGUGCCGCCGACUCGCCAUCGUGGAGGACGGAGGAGGAGGAGACAGGCGUCGACCGUCCCUCAAGGCCUGGAGAAAGUCCCAGAGGCCGAGGCUGUUCCCGAGGCGGAGCCCGAUGCAGUUCCCGAGGCGGAGCCCGAUGCAGUUCCCGAGGCGGAGCCCGAGGCGGUGCCCAAUGCCGAGGUGGUGCCCGAUGCCGAGGCGGUGCCCGAGGCUGUUCCAGAGGCCGAUGCGGUGCCCGAUGCCGAGGCGGAGCCCGAUGCUGUUCCCGAGGCCGAUGCUGUGCCCGAGGCUGUUCCCGAUGCAGUUCCCGAGGCGGUGCCCGAUGCCGAGGCGGUGCCCGAUGCCGAGGCGGAACCCGAUGCUGUUCCCGAUGCCGAUGCAGUUCCCGAGGCGGUGCUCGAUGCCGAGGCGGUGCCCGAUGCCGAUGCGGUGCCCGAUGCCGAGGCGGAGCCCGAUGCUGUUCCCGAUGCUGUUCCUGAUGCAGUUCCCGAGGCGGAGCCCGAGGCGGUGCCCGAUGCCGAGGCGGUGCCCGAUGCCGAGGCGGUGCCCGAUGCCGAGGCGGUGCCCGAUGCCGAGGCGGUGCCCGAUGCCGAGGCGGUGCCCAAUGCCGAGGCGGAGCCCGAUGCUGUUCCCGAUGCCGAUGCAGUUCCCGAGGCGGUGCCCGAUGCCGAUGCGGUGCCCGAUGCCGAGGCGGUGCCUGAUGCCGAGGCGGAGCCCGAUGCUGUUCCCGAUGCCGAUGCAGUUCCCGAGGCGGUGCCCGAUGCCGAGGCGGUGCCCGAUGCCGAGGCGGUGCCCGAUGCCGUUCCAGAGGCCGACGCGGUGCCCGAUGCCGUUCCAGAGGCCGAUGCGGUGCUCGAUGCCGAGGCGGAGCCCGAUGCUGUUCCCGAGGCCGAUGCUGUUCCCGAGGCCGAGGCGGUGCCCGAGGCCGUUCCGGAGGCCGAUGCCGAGGCGGUGCCCGAGGCGGUGCCCGAUGCUGUUCCGGAGGCCGAGGCGGUGCCCAAGGCCGAGGCGGUGUCCGAUGCUUUUCCGGAGGCCGAGGCGGGGCCCGAAGCCGAGGCGGUGUCCGUUGCGGUUCCGGAGACCGAGGCGGGGCCCGAAACCUUUCCCGAUGCGGUGCCGGAGGACGUUCCCGAUGCAGUGCCCGAGACCACUUCGCCCUGGGGGACUCCGACGGUGACCAUGAGGACGUGGUGGUCAUCCGCUCCGCCCUGGGGGACUCCGGCGGUGACCAAGAGGACGUGGUGGUCAUCCGCUCCGCCCUGGGGGACUCCGGCGGUGACCAAGAGGACGUGGUGGUCAUCCGCUCCGCCCUGGGGGAUUCCGGCGGUGACCAAGAGGACGUGGUGGUCAUCCGCUCCGCCCUGGGGGACUUCGGCCGCGACCACGUGGAGGUGGUGGCCUUCCGCUCCGCCCUGGGGGGGCUUCUGCUUUGACCACAUGGGGGUGAUGGCCCUCUGUUCCGCCCGGGUGGGCAUCACCUAAUGUCCUCCAUUUACCAAUGUUUUUGUUUUCAUUUGUUUUUUGUUUUUUCUAUUUUCCUCCGUUGGACCUGGCCCUCCGUCCCUCCCCUCUUUCCUUCCGCCGGUCCACCACCCUCCUGGACUCCUUGUUUUGUGUUACACCUUCCUGUCUCUACCUUUCCAUCACGUCUGGUUGUUCCGUCUCUUUUCUUCCAUUUUACCUGGUUGGCCUGUCUUUGUCUCUCCUUUUCACCUGGUUGUUUGUCUCUGUUUUCUGACCCUCCGUCCCUCCCCCUAGUCCGCCUCCGCUUCACCUCCCUCCUACCUCUUUUUCUGUUGGGUUUUCCGGGGUUUCAGGUGGAGCAUCUGGUAGCUGCUCCGUAGGGGAGGGGUAAUGUCACGCUAUCAGUCUCUGUUUCCUGGGUGUCCCCUAGUGAGCGCACUUCUCCUUAGGCACUUCACCACAGGCACUUUAAUUCCGCUUGUCUGGUCAUGUCGUCACAGUAAUUGCACUCCAAUUAAAUCGCACAGGUGUUGACUAUCCUUAGUCAUUAGUCUCCCUAUAUAGAGCUGUCUUUCUCUGUCGUCUUUAUGGAGUCCUUACCCUAUGUGUCUCAUGCUCUCGUUCCCCCAGACUUCCUCUACCUUCUCGUUCUUCCGAGUUCCCCGUUUCAUCCGGUUCCCUUUUUGUUUGGUUUGUCUCUCAAGACAGUUUUAUUUUGUAUUUAACCUGUUUGUGCAAUAAACCUUACCUGCUAUUGGAUCUUA